GAAGAAGACGAGGACAGAGAAGAAGAAGAAAAGGACAGAGCAGAAGAAGACGAGGACAGAGGUUUAAGGCUGAGAACUAUGGCAGCAGCAGGAGACGUGGAGCUGCAGGACAUACUGAUGAGGCGCUGCGAUGAAGCUCAGAGGACAAAGAGCAACAUGAUCCGAGUUUUCAUCAGCUCCACGUUCACAGAUAUGAGCAGCGAGAGGAAAGUCCUGCUGGACAAAGCGUACCCAGAAGUCCUGUCCUUCUGUCGCAGUUUGGGUCUGGUGUUUGAGGUGGUGGAUCUGCGUUGGGGGUUUCGAAACACCUCAUUUGGAGACCACGAGGACUGGGAGAUCUCGCUGCAGGAGAUCAGGACCUGUCAGAGGGUCUCAGCUGGACCGGCCUUCGUUGGCCUGCUGGGGAACCGGUAUGGCUCCCGAGUUCUUCCUCGUCUCGUUCCGGAGAAACAGUUUGAGGUCCUUCUGUCCAAACUUUCCAAAAACCCUGAAGGUAUCAAGCAGCUGCAGCGGUGGUACCUAAAGGACAACAAUGCUGUCCCACCCACCUACGUCCUUCAGCCAAUCACGGCUCACUUCCCUCACUUCUGUGACCUUCGACCUGAGGACAAGCAGCUUCAUGACAACAGUGUCCUCUCCUGGCGCUUCACGGAGAUGCAGCUGCUGCAGCUUCUUCGCUCUGCGGCCGCUGACUCCAAGGCGGACGGAGACAACACCUCAGAGGACACAAGACUCUUCUAUACAUCAGUCACAGAGAAGGAGUUUGAGGACGGUUUGUGGAAGGAUGACACAAAAGUGUUGUCUCUGGUCUUUGUCCGGGAGAUUCCUCGGCAGAAGAUCAGGGACGGUCCAAAACGUUUCGCCAAGUUCAUGGAUGUGACAUUUGACGGGUUGCUGGAUGCUGAAGCCCUGGACCUCCUCAAUAAGCUGAAGUCCCGGGUCUACGACACAUGCCAGAAGAUUCUGAACCUGCACUGCGUGGAGCUUAACAAAGGAAGCAUCGAGCCGAAGCAUAAAGAGCAUGCUCAGUACCUGGAUAGCAUCUGUCAGCAGUUUGUUUCACAGAUGAAGGACCGGAUCAAAGCUGUGGUUGGUCCGCUGGAGGAGAGGAGGACGAUCAGAGGACGAAUUGAGGAUGAGGAUGACAGGAUGGUUGAAGAGGCGAGGCAGCAUGCCGCCAUGAGCGCUGACCAAAGUAAAGGUGUCCUUGGCAGAGAGGGGCUUCUGGGUAAGAUCUGUCUCACCAUGUGGGAGUCCACCACAGUCCGCCAUGGUCCGGUGGUGGUCCACGGUGAUGCUGGGAUGGGAAAGACCGCUCUAUUGUGUAAACUGAUCCAGGAGAUGCAGUGUCUCCUGGAGUCAAGGGUAGUGCUGGUGAUCAGGCUGCUGGCGGCUUGUCAUCCUCGGAGAUUCAAUGUCGACCAUAUCCUGCGGAGCAUCUGCCUCCAGGUUUGUCUGGCAUGCAGUUUGGCUCCACCCCCUCCUUUGAUGGAUCACCUGGAACUGCUGCGGUUCUUCAAGAACAUGCUGGAGGACGUCUCUCAGCAGGGGAACACUCUGCUCAUCGUCCUGGACUCUCUGGACCAGCUUUCAGACCAACAUCACGCCCACAAACUGCGCUGGCUGACCGCCGAUGUCCCACCAAACGUCCACCUGCUGGUUUCCAUGGACACCAGCAGCGAGGCAUUCGCCAACAUGAGGCUGAAGCUGGGCACCCUGCAGGGCUUCUUUGAGGUGGAGUGUUUGUCUCAUGAGGAAGGUGAACUCAUUGUGGAGUCGUACCUGCGAGAGUGUCAGAGGACGUUAACUGCAGAGCAGAAAGACGUGGUGCUCAGGAGCUUCGGGUCCACCGGCUGUCCCCUCCACCUAAAACUCAUUCUGUCUGCCGCCAAACGCUGGACCUCCUUCGUCCCGCCCACCGUGCUGCUGCUGGGCGCCAGCACACAGGAAGUGAUGUCACAAACCCUGCUGAGGCUGGAAGAGAAACAUGGGAAGGAGCUGGUGGGUGGAGCUUUGGGAUACAUUGCUUUAGCAAGGGGAGGUCUGCUGGAAGUGGAGCUGCGUGAUGUCAUGUCCCUGGAUGAUGAUGUCAUCAGUGAGGUGUACAGACACACUCUCCCUCCGACUCCCUCCCUGAUCCGUCUGCCCCCCCUCCUGUGGGCCCGGCUCAGAUGGGACCUCCAGGACCAGCUGGAGGAACGCUGGACUGAUGGAGUCAUUGUUCUCACCUUCAGCAGCCGGCGCGUUUCUGAGGCAGUCUCCGCCCGCUACCUGACAUCAGAGCGCCGGGGGCGGAGUCACAGGAUCCUGGCUGAAUACUUCUCAGGCCGGUGGUCCGGAAAACUGAAGCCGGCGUCUCUACCGGGUCUGACUCUGCUGCUGUCUGACAGAAAGGCCCCGCCCCAGCCGCUGUGGUUUGCUCCAGGAUUGGCAAACAUCAGGAAGCUCCAGGAGCUGACCUAUCACCUGCUGCACGCCGGCCUGUGGGAGGAGCUAAAACAGGAAGUUAUAGGUAAUGCAGAAUGGUUGUACUGUCAAACCCGAGUCCUUGGGGUUUCCAGUGUGAUCUCUGACCUGGACUGGUGUUUCCAAUACAUGAACUGUUCUGAAACCAGACUGAUCCGUGAUGCACUGGUUCUGAUGAAGCCCAGCCUGGACUUUCUGCACAGUCACAUGGACAAAUCUCUGUUUUACUCUGAGCUGCUGGCCCGACUGUCUUCCCUGUCCGCCUCCUGCCCUGCUGUGAUUGGUCCACUAUGCAGCCAGUGUAAUAACUGGCUCCAGACCUGUCCGGAGCCAGUCCUGAUCCCAAAGAACAGCUUCCUGCAACAACCAGGGGGAGCGCUCCAGCACAUACUGUCUGCUCCGCAUGGAGGUCUGGUCUGUGUGGAUGUCAGCACUGUGGUCCAGCUGCUUGUAUCGGGUUCAGAUGAUGGCGUGGUGAUGGUCUGGAGUCUCAUGGACCAUCAGCUUGUGCACACUCUACUGGGACACACAGCUUCACUUUUAUCUGUGAAAAUCAAUGAAAACUCCGCCCAUUGCCUAUCAUUGGCUGUUGAUGGCUCUCUGAGGAGGUGGAGCCUGACAAGCGGCCAACAGCUGCUUUGCAUCUAUGAGGCGGUGCCAGUGGACUCUGUUCCCAGGGCUGUUCACCUGGUCGAGUCAGACCAGCUGCUGUUUGUUUACACCUGGACCCAGGUUAAGGUUUGGAGUCUGGAUGGGACUGAAAUCCACCUCAGCAGCAGGAAGGAGUCCUCUGUGAUUCUAGGAGUUCUGGAAGAUUCUGUGGUGUCUCUUUGUGACUCCAGUCGGGUCAGAAUUUACCACCCAGUUAACAGAAACCAAAGUAUGGAGGUUCAGCUGGAGGAACCAGCAAGGAUUCUGAAUCCGGUGAGCGCGGUGACGUUACCCAAACGUGGGAAAGUGUUGGUGGUGUCAGAGGAAGGAUUCAUCCAUCAGAUCUCCAUGAUGGGUGAACAAACUGCAGCUGAGUUUCCUUUGCAUCCGUCUUUAUUUACAGUAACUGAGGAUGAAACCAUCCUGUUGGCAGGCAGCGAGCGAACUCUGAGCCUGUUCAACAUUAACACCGACUCUGUGGACGGGUUCCUCGACCUGCAGCAUGAGGACAUCGUUCUGUCCGCCUGUGUCUCAGCAGACAACAAACAUCUGGUCUCUGGAGCUGCAGACCAGCUCGUUCGGACCUGGUCCUUGACCACUGGAGCAUUGCUGGACUCUCUGUGUGGCUCCAACGCUCCUGUUACUUUGGUGUUCUUCUACCAUCAUUUUGUGAUUUCGGCCUCGACAGCUGCAGCUUCCAUCCACAUGUGGAAUCGGAAAUAUGACACCUGCCACAAACCCACAGCCCACAUUCCAGCAGGCUCCACCCAUGUCGCCAUCACCAAAGAUGGAGAUCAGGUUUUCUAUGUCCGUCAUCAGAGCCAAAGGGAGGUGGUCAGCUGGAACAGCCUCACAGGUUCUCCAUCGGAACAUUUGCCGGUCUCUGCUGAGGUUUCCUGUCUGGAGCUGGCGAAGCACAAAAGUUUGCUCAUCUGCGGUCUGACCAGCGGCACCGUCCUCAUCUACCCACUGACCCUCCCCCAGGAGACACUUUGUAUCCCACCGCCGGAGAGCCGGUCCCGGGUGCUCUGCUUGGCCGUCAGCUCUCAGGAGAAGCACCUGGCGGUGGCCUACGAGGACUCGGUUUGUCUGUUCGAGGUCACCACCAGAGACAGCUUCCCCACGGUGGAGGGACCCCUAGGGAGGACCACGCUGUCGCUCCUCCAUGCCCCGCUGUCCUCCAUGGCCCUGCUGCCGGAACGCAGGCUGCUGUACGGGACCAGCUGUGGGGCGGUGAAGCUGCACGACUUCGGCAGCGGUGGAGGUUCUGACCUGCAGCCUCAUCGCAGCAGAAUCACCUGCGUGACGGCCAGUAACUGGGGGGCUCACGCCCUGGUGGGGUCUGAGGACGCCGUGCAGAGACUGUGGGCGCUGGAUCCACUGGUCCUGGACCACACCAUGGAGUACAAGGGUUUGUUCUUUGAGGGCGUCCUCUGCGCUGCCUUCUCUGACAGUGACCAGUUCGUCUUCACGGGGUCUCAGGACAGGACCAUCAAAGUCUGGGACACGACCUCAGGAAAGCUGCUGUGCGUCCAGUUCAUCUACUCGCCCGUGGUCCGCAUGGUGACGUUCAGGAAUGGCUUUGUGGCGUUGUCUCAGCUCGGUUCCAUCAUCAGGGAGACGUUCCGCUGUCCGGACCAAAUCAGACCGGACUACAACCCCCUGAGGAGUGUCAAGGCCCAGUACCGGGUCACCUCCAGGGAGAAGAACCGGGACGGGCAGCAGACCUGUGUGUCGGAUCUGCGGGACUUCAACCCAGCCCAGUUCAACCUGAACGUCAUGAGCAUGCUCAGAACCAAACCAUCCCCCACUUGUGUUCUGCUGUAG